AUGAUUUCUACACUCCUGACACAGGCUCUGCUGUGCAGUGUCUGGUGUCCUGUAGCAUCUACAACUAUCUUCAGUCUAGCUCCCAACCAGUUAUUCACAAUGGAUGCCCUCAAUGGUGCUGCUGAAACUGAAGAUCCUAAACAAGCAUCUACUGUUCCCGCUGUUCCAGACCUGGGGACAAAUGAAACUGAUCCAGUCGCAGAUGUUGGAACUCAUGUAAGUUCCCAGCAUGCUGUAACACCCCCAGCAACCUCUCUCUUUAACAAUGAGGCAGGUGGAGUGGAAAAUAACAUUAACCUUCAAGAGCUGAAGCCCACUUCUACUGGCCCUCAACAACCAGUCAGUUCAGAAGUAUUUACCAACACAAAAACUGAGAACACUUUUUCAGUAACAAUUGAUCUUAGAGGAGAGGAGGAAAACAAUACCAUCUUAAUCCCAUUACUUGGUGCUAAUGAAAGCAUUGUAUUUGAUGAUCACUUUGCUUCUUUCUCCAUUAAUACAUCAAAGGAAAACAGUAGUGCAGCAGGAAAACAGUGCUUCUGUGACAGUCCUGCGCCUGAAGGACAAAAGGGAGAACGGGGUGAAAAAGGGGAUCCAGGUAACCCAGGGAAAAAAGGAGUACAAGGGCCCUUGGGAGAAACUGGACAACAAGGACUAAAGGGAGAAAAGGGUAAUCAAGGAUCCAAAGGUGAUCUAGGUAAACCAGGGCCUCCUGGUCAGAAAGGAGAACAAGGUCGGUCUUCUUCCUGUCCAAACAGCAAUAAAGGUGAUGCUGGAAGCACUGGUUCUAGAGGUCCUCAAGGACCUAAGGGAGACAAAGGGGAGUGUGGAAAAUCGGGUCCAAAAGGUGAUAUUGGACCGAGUGGGAGUCCUGGAGAAAAGGGGCAUGAAGGAGAAAGAGGGCAAACAGGUAAGAGGGGGCCAAAGGGAUAUGCAGGGCCACCAGGAGUCCAGGGGGCUCCAGGUCUUAAAGGAGAUUCUGGGGUUUAUGGAAAAAUGGGUCAUCCUGGAAAACAUGGGCCAUCUGGACUUCCAGGACGAAAAGGAGAAAAAGGACAGAAGGGAGAUUGCAAAGAAAGUGACACCACAGCUUUCUCCGUUGGUCUUCAAAAAAGAAACAGCUUCCCACCACCAGGGUCUCCAGUGAGAUUUGAUAAAAUUUUCCUUAAUGAAAAUGAAGCAUAUAAUGUGGAGUCAGGUGUGUUUGUAGCCAGCACUGGAGGCAUCUACUCUUUCAGUUACCACGUGAGUGUUUCCAGCAAAUCACUGAGGGGUGCACUUUUCCACAAUGGUAAAAGAAUUCUACAAAUGUCCAGUGUAAGACCUGUCAAACAAGCUGCAUAUAAUGUGUGUCAGGUUUCUGGAUCUAUAUUUAUUCAUCUUAAUGAAGAUGAUAAAGUUUGGCUCCAGAUUUUGAAUGCAUCUCAAAAUGGCCUGAUAGCUGAUGAAACCACUGAUUCUGUAUUUUCAGGGUUUCUGCAUGAAUUGCAUCACAUACGCCAGAAGCUCCUAAACUGUUGUUGGCAGAUGCCUGGUGGUCUGGGAGGCGCUAACUGCGUACAUGAUGCUGGCUCUUCUCCUGGUUUGCAGCUAGAGAAACAGAACAAGUGGAAGGCUACAAAAAUGUGGCAUUUACCUUGGCACAGAGCCACCUUCAUUAUACUUAUUGCUGCUGCUGUACGCACAGAGGCGAAAGCUACCCUGGCUGAAAAGUUUACUAAGAUAAAGUCUCCAGAGAUGGAGGUCACUGAUGGCCUUGACACAUCCAUUGUGCCACCCACUGAAGAAAGUCCGUUCACAGAACUAUCGGAAACAAGCGAAAUGCCGGUGGAGUUAUCCUCGCUGAAGCCGGCCUUCAGAACGGCCACCACGCUGUUUCCUUUUGAAAAUUUUACUCUUGACACAGCUGAUUUCUUUUUUAAUUGCUGUGAUUGCUGCACCCCUGUGUCAGGUCAGAAAGGGGAACCAGGAGAGCAUGGACUGCCAGGUCCUAAAGGAGAGCUGGGAGAUGCUGGCCCUCAGGGCCUACCAGGAAUUCCUGGACUUCAAGGUCCAAAGGGCUUCAAAGGAGACAAGGGAGAUAAAGGAGAACUUGGUGACCAAGGAACAAAUGGAAUUCCAGGGUAUCCAGGUAAACCUGGAGAACAAGGUGAAGCUGGAGUUAAAGGAGAUAAAGGAAACUCUGGCCUUCCUGGAAUGAAGGGACAGAAGGGAGUGAAGGGGGACACUUGUGAGAAUGGGACCAAAGGAGAGAAGGGGGACAAGGGAGAGCUGGGCUUACAGGGGCUAGAUGGGGAAAAUGGAGAUAAAGGGGAAAAGGGAGACCUGGGGGAAAAGGGGCAUUGUGGGGAGCCAGGGGAGAGAGGAGAGAGGGGGGAAAAAGGGGAAGCUGGAAUAAAAGGGGAAAAAGGCAGCAAAGGAGACACUGGAGUUGAGGGUAUUCCUGGGAUGAAUGGACAACAGGGAGAAAAGGGUGAGCCAGGCAAUAAGGGUGAAAAAGGGGACUUGGGACCAGCUGGUGUGAUGGGACCUCUUGGGCCAAAGGGAAAUCCUGGUAGUAAAGGGGCACGAGGAGCUAGUGGAAAGAAAGGCUCCAGAGGUAUCAAAGGUUCCAAGGGUGAUAACUCAAAAGUCCGAAGAUCAGCUUUCAGUGCCGGCUUGUCAAAGUCUUUCCCUCCACCAAAUAUCCCUAUUAAAUUUGACAAGAUUUUGUACAAUGACCAGGAAGAUUAUAAUCCUUCUACAGGCAAGUUCAAUUGCAGCAUUCCUGGAGCGUAUGUCUUUGCUUAUCACAUGACGAUCAGAGGGCGGCCUGCUCGAAUCAGCAUUGUGGCUCAAAACAAGAAGAUAGUCAAAACCCGUGAAACACUUUAUGGACAAGAGAUAGACCAGGCGUCUUUCCUGAUCAUUUUGAAAUUAAAUGCAGGGGAUCAGGUUUGGUUGGAGGUGGGACGGGAUUGGAAUGGGAUCUAUGUCAGUGCUGAAGAUGACAGCAUAUUUACAGGGUUUCUUUUGUAUCCAGAUGAUAUUUUUGAGACCCUAGCAUAA